CAAACCUUCACUCGCGCACUGCUAGGAUCUUUCCGCGCAGGAAGAGGAAAGGGCCCAACCCUUCUGCUCGGACGUGCUCCGAGGUCACUCUCACCACAGCCAAUAUCAUCGACAUGUUCCAUUUGCGACAAUCGGAAGCGGCCGAGAAGCUGGGGCUCUCGUUGACGGCGUUUCGUGCUGCAUGCCGGCAUGUGGGGGUAAACAAAUGGCCAUAUGCUCGCUCGAGAUCGAAAUCGCAUUCCGGUUCAGAAGGGAAUGAUAGUGAAAGCAAGGCCAACAGCGAUAAUGAAAACAUAGAUGAAUUUGCAAAGCGAAGAGACACAUCGAAUCAAUCCAGCAAUGUGAUCAAGAAUCAUAUAGAUCCUGAAGGCUCGUUGGAAUUGCAUUUUCGUUGGAGCGAUAGAGUGGUGUUCAGCCCGGAAUUAGAUUCUUUGAUGAACGAAGCGUUGGAUCACGUGGAAUUGAAUUUGACAUGCACCAAUUAGUGCAAACCAAGGAGAUCAUGCUCCGUACCCUCUUCCUGUCUGAGUCAAGGAUGUCAUGUGAAGAUUUUAAGUUUCGAACCUCGUCCGGUGAGGAUAGGGUGUAGAAUGAGGCGAAUGCGCUUUGUAAAUUAGUUCGUAGUUUUUGUUGUUUUCCAAUGAAUGAGUAACAAUUGUCUCAG